AGCUAUGUAGCUGACGUUACUGUGAGCUGCGUCCAAGACCCAAAACGGUGUGUCACUGGGAAAAUCUUUUCCUCUCUCCUCUUUCUCUCUCCUCCUCUGAAGGCCAGCCUCUCUGUGCCGUCUAUCAGCCUGGUGUGUCUAGAGCAGUCACAGGGUCCGAACAGAGCAGUGGAAGGCACCGGAGCCCCAUCUACUCCUCUUUCUCUCACUCACAAUACUCCCUCUUUUUCUCUCUCUUCCUUUCUCCCCCCUUUACCUCCCAGUCUUACAGUAGACUUCCCCUGUACACUCCUGCCCAGAGGAAAGAACAGGGGGAUACGGUUUCCACAACAAUGGAAAUUCAAUCAGGAAAUGGAGAGGAGUUGGAGGUGGUGAGUGGCGAGUCAAUAGUGACCCCGGGGUCCGUUUCCUCCUUGCCAUAUCUCUCUGGCCCUCAGGCAGACGGCACGGACGACCAAGUACUCCGGGAGGACCUCCAGGCUGCCAAGACCAUUGAGAGAUUUGACAUCCCUCUGAGUAGCUUGAAGAGGAUGUUUGAGAAGCCCCCAGGAGCAACAAACACCGAAGUGAGAGCCGUACAGUCCAGCACAUCUAGAAGAGCUCCAGCCAGUAGCUACCAGCUGGACCAGAAGAGCGACCCAUCACCUGGUGAGAACAUGGCCUCAACUCAAGAACCCAGCCUCUCUGCGGGCAGCGCGGGUGGAACCAGGUCAGGACGUCCUGAGGAAAGGGAAGGGGUGGUGAGUCAGAGGAAAGGAGACGGAGGAGCGCCCACCAGCGAGGAGGCGGAGUCCGUGUCACUAAAGGAACGCAUGGCCAUGUAUCAGGCUGCCGUGUCCAAGAAGGAGGCCAGCAGCUCAUCCGCCACGGAGGUGUCUAGCUCACAGGAGGUGACAGUGAGGAGCAGUGUCAGAGAGGUCAAUCCCACCACUCAGCAAGAGGCCUACUUCCAUGACCAGGAGGUGACUCAUGAUCAAAGAGUUCAACAAAGCAACGUGUCCUCCAGUUAUGAAAACCAUUAUGAUGAAACAGUUAAGGUCAUAGGAGGAGAGGACUUACCAAAGGUCUCCACUCAGGCUUUGAAGCAGCAGUAUGAGAAGACGAUCGAACAGGCCACGCCGGGCAAGCAAAUGAAGAUUGAUCUGGAUUAUAACCAGUUUCAAUGGGCACCGGUAAACCAGUCCUCCUCAGCAGCAGCUAUCUAUGAAAGUUUGUCCACUGUGAAGCAGUCAUCCAGGGCUUCAGCAGCAACGAGCUAUGAAUCCUCAUCCACUAUGAGGACAGGGGUUGUCUCUUCAUCUACCGCUGCCUCAGCCUCAUCCAAUAUCAGGACAGGGGCUAUCUCUUCCUCUACCCCUGCCUUAGCUUCAUCCAAUAUGAGGACAGGGGUUGUCUCUUCCUCUACCGCUGCCUCAGCCUCAUCCAAUAUCAGGACAGGGGCUGUCUCUUCCUCUACCCCUGCCUUAGCUUCAUCCAAUAUGAGGACAGGGGUUGUCUCUUCCUCUACUGCUGCCUCAGCCUCAUCCAUGGAUUAUGAGACCAUGGAGCACUUCCCUCCUCCACCCACUGAACUACUGCCCCAGGAGGUCCCCGAGUGCUGUGACUCUCUCCCGCCUCAGGAGCAGGCUGGCCAACAGAGAUACAUCUUCAACAAAGAGCAGUACUCCAAGCAGAGGAACCUCAAUGAGCUGAAGCGCCUGUACAAGCACAUGCACCCAGAGGUUCGGAGGACCAUGGAGAAGGAUUACUUCACCGACGUCACGGAGAUCGAGCAGUCACAGCUGGAUAGUGAAGAUGAGAUGACCGGGGAAGUCCAGCAGGCUUGCUAUGUGUUUGAGAACAGUGGUGGGGAUGAAUGUAUGAGCCCUGAGGGAGAUUACCUGGAGUGGGAUGAGAUCCUUAAAGGGGAGGUGCAGUCCAUGCGCUGGAUGUUUGAGAAUAAGCCGCUGGAUACCAUUAAAGAUGACACCCCAGAUGAGGAUGAUGACGUGAAGAACAUUGCUGAGCAGGAAAUCAUUGCAGGAAGUGAUGUCAAAUACACAGCAUGGAUGUUUGAGACCCAGCCCAUGGAUGCGCUGCGUGCAGACACCCCAGACUCCACCGUACAGACAGGGAAAUUGACCGAGCUAGCGAGAGGAGAUGUACGAACAGCCACCUAUCUUUUUGAGACCCAGCCACUGGAUUGCCUGAAUAAAUUCUACCAGGAGGAUGAGCAAGCCUUGGAGGUUGUCUUCACUAAAGAUAUCACAGGAGGGGAUGUGAAAACAGCCAGGUAUCUGUUUGAAACUCAACACUUGGAUUCCCUCAGCCACACAGAGACCAUUGAGGAGAGCCACUUCUUGAACCUGAAGUCAGAGCUUGAGGAGAUCAAAGGGGAAGUGAAGACAACCACACGGAUGUUUGAGACCCAGCCCAUGUGUGUCAUCAGGGGCAACUCUGGAAAUAUACUGGAGAUCACCGCCAUCCGCAGGGAGGAGAUGGAGAAAGGAGACGUAAAGACCUCCCGCUGGCUCUUUGAGACCCAGCCUCUGGACAUGAUCAACAAAGACCCUGCCAAGGUGAAGCUGAUCUGUGGAGUCUCCAUGGAGGACAACUCCCAGGGAGGCGUGAACCGGGGGAGGUGGCUGUUCGAGACAAAGACACUGGACUCCAUUAAAGACGAGGAAUGGCAAAGCAUCAGGCAAAAGGAGGAGAUUAUUGGAGCAGAUGUACGGAAGCACUGCUUGGUUUUCGAGACACAGCAGAUGGAUACUCUGAAAGACAAUGCCAAUGCCAGACCUUUACCCUCAGAGGAGAUUGUAGGAGGUGAUGUGCGAUCAGCAAAACAUCUGUUUGAGACAGUGCCAAUAGAGAACCUGAAGGAUCUGGCUGAAGUAGGGAAACUUCAGAAGAUGGUUGCGUCCGAGGAGGAGAAGGGUGAUGUUAGACAUCAGAAGUGGGUUUUUGAAAGUCAACCACUUGAAAACAUAAGGGAGGAGAAGAAGGAAAUGACACGCACUAUAAACCUUGAAGAACUUGAUAAGGGCGACGUCACAAAUCACAAGGAAAGAUUUGAAACCUUGGAUUUAAGCAGAUGUGAGGGGGCACAGAGAAUCCAAGUUGAAGGUGUUACCAGUGGGUCUGUGAAAUCAAACAAAGUAAUUUUUGAAUCCACCCCGAUGUAUGCCAUGCAAGACAGCGAGGGACACUACCACGAGGUGAAAACCGUGCGACGUGAGGAGAUAGUAAAAGGAGAUGUUCGCAGCUGCAGGUGGAUGUUUGAAACACAUCCUAUCGAUGAGUUUGAGGAAAGUAUCAAUAAAUUCCAGAUUAUAAAAGGUAUAUCAAAGGAGGAGAUUGAAUCGGGCGAUGUCAAGACUGCCAAGUGGUUAUUUGAAACUCAACCCCUCGAUGGUAUUAAACAUUUUAGCAACACUGAUGAAGAUGAAACUAAGACAAAGGAGAGUGUUGAAAUUGAGAAGGGUGAUGUGAAAACCUGCAGGUGGCUGUUCGAGACUCAACCAAUGGAUAAUCUGUAUGAGAAAGCAGAUAAGGUGAGGAAUGAGACUGAGGUUGAGGAGGUCAACAAAGGGGACGUCAAAACAUGCACAUGGCUCUUUGAGACUCAGAACCUCGAUAACAUCUGUGACCAUUCCGAGUCCGAAUCGGAGACCGUUCUCAAAACCUGCACUGUCAAACAAGAGGACGUCCAAGGCAAAGAUGUGCAUCACGCUCGCUUCCUCUUUGAGACAGAGAACCUGGAGAACCUCACAGGGGAGGAGAGUGGUGCCUUCAGGAGAGUGACUAAGAUUGAUGUCCAGUCUGGAGAUGUGUCUAGGAUGAAGUUUCUCUUCCAGAAUAGGUCUUCAGACAUCAUGACCUCAACCUCAGCUGAAACGAUGCAUAAGCUGAAGACCCUUACGGCGGAGGAAAUUCAGAAAGGAAAUGUAGUGAACAACAUGUGGCUUUUUGAAAACCAACCUAUAGACACUAUCUGUGAGGUUACAGAGGGAGCCAAGGACACUCGCACCGUAACCGAUGUGCUGGGAGGAAACGUUGGUCAAGGACGCUUCGUUUUCGAGACUUACUCUCUCGAUAAAAUCCAAGAGGAGUCCACCGAGACUGAGAUGUCAAAACUCCAGAGCAUCAUCAGGGACGAUAUAGAGAAAGGGGAUGUGAAAAGCUACACCAUGAUGUUUGAAAAUCAGCCACUGUAUGCAAUCUGUGACAAAGAGGGCCACUACCAUGAAGUUACCACUAUGACAAAGGAAGAAAUCAUGAGCGGAGAUGUGGUGGGGGCACGGUGGUUAUUUGAGACAAAACCUCUGGAUUCAAUAAGGGACACAGACGACGUCUAUGUCAUCAAAUCUGUCACUGAGGAGGACGUCCAGAAAGGUGAUGUCAGCACGGCCAGGUGGAGGUUCGAAACACAACCUCUUGAUGAAAUCGCUGAGGACAUGAAAAUGUUGACUAAAACAGUUGAAGAUAUCCAGGGUGGUGAUGUGAAGACAAACAAACACCUUUUUGAGACAGAUGAACUGUCCCAGAAGUAUGUUAGAACUGUUAGCGUGAGUGAGAUCCAAAAAGGGGACGUCAGGACUGCCUCGUGGAUGUUUGAAACACACAGCAUCGAUAAGAUCCGUGGCGAGGUCUCAGAAUAUGAUGAAAUGGAGACCGUGACAAAAGAAGAAGUGAUGAAAGGAGAUGUCAAACAGUCUGUGUGGCUCUUUGAAAAACAGCCGCUUGACAGCAUUAAAGAGUCAGACGGAACAGAGACUGUUGUCACCCGGGAGGAGAUCCCACAAGCAGAUGUAAAGACAACAACAUGGCUUUUUGAAACCACUCCUUUAACCAAAUUUAAUGAGAACAGUGUAGAAAGAACUGAAAUAAUGGGGAAGAGCAUCAAAGAGACCCUUGAAGAGCUGUAUUGUCAGAAAAUGGUUGACUCACAAGGGAUUCUCAUUGAGACGGAUGAGAUCGGAGAUGUCAGAAUGGCAAAAUACAGACUCUUGAACCAAGAUGCUCCAGAAAUCCAGAAGGAGGAGGUGAUCAGAGGGGAUCUGAACAACAUCAUGAUGAACCUCCUAAACAGACGAGAAAUGACAGAGACAGGGAUAGUCAUAGACCAGGACGAGAGAGGCAACAUCAACACAACAGUAAAACAGCUAUUCAACCAAGAAAAGGGAUUCAAUGUUGAGAAGGAGGAAAUCCUCAGAGGCGACAUUCAAGAGGCCAUCAACAACCUACUGAAGGAGGAGGGCUCCUCAAAACGUGGAAUUCUGAUUCAAGAAGAUGAAAAGGGAGAUGUGCGAAUGACUAUAUACUCCCUCCUCAAUAAGGAAGACGGUGGUGGCAUUGAGAAGGAGGAUAUCAUCAAAGGCAAUGUCAGUAGGACCCUUCACAGUCUCUUGUCCAACCCAGGGUCAGAGGAAUCUAAAAGGAUAAGGGUGGAAGACACGGAGAGGGGUAACGUUAGCUUUUACUCCACCUGUAUUGAAUCUGGGGCACUGGAUUACCUCAAACAACUCCAGUUUGAACCUAAUGAGGAACAAGAACAGGCGCAGAAGGAGCGUAUCAUUGGCGGCGACGUUAUGGAAACCAAAAUGACACUAAGGAAGAAUCAACAGCAGAUUGAACGCACAGUAGCUGAGGACGAUAUUGUCCCGGGUGAUGUCAACAACACAGUGAAGGUGUUCAUGAUGGAACCUGCUCUCUUGCUGGACAACCUGCAGAAGGAGGAAAUUGUCAAGGGAGAUCUGAGGGCAGCACUGGACUCACUGACCAAAACUAUUAGCAAGAGAGUCGUGAUAGAGAAAGAGGAAGUGGUGAAAGGGGACCUGCACACCACUCUGAGGUCUUUGGAGGAGGCUCAAAACCAAGCCAAGGAAAUGGAAAAGCCAGAAAUUGUCCGAGGUGAUAUCCGAGGAGCCCUCCAAUCAUUAGAGAAAUCGUCGACCACCAAGACUGAGGUAACUGUUGAGGAUUUAGUGCCCGGCGAUAUCAAAGGCACCUUGAAAUCACUUGAAGAGGCUAAGCAGGCAGUGAAAGAGAUGGAAAAGGAGGAGAUUGUAAAGGGAGACAUUCAUAUUGCGCUGAAGGGUUUGCACGAGGCCUCGAGUGAGAAAAAGCUUUACCAGCACCAAGUGAGUGAACAGGGGGACGUGAGAGGCACAAUACAGCUGUUACUAGAACCAUCCACAUCCCCCCGAAUGCAACGCAGGGGAAGCACUGAGGGAGAUGUGAAGACCUCCAUAAAAUGCCUCUACGAAGGGCAGGGGCAGGACCAGGAUGAGGAGCAAUCACAGAUGGAGAAGGAGGAGGUGAUAAAGGGAGAUGUUAAAGGAGCCAUAAAGAAUCUGAUGCAGAGAAAAGAAUAUUCAAAUCGGAAAGUACGAAAGUAUCCUCCCAGGAAAGCUCCUAGAGCUCAUGUGAAAAAUCCAUUACCCACACAGCAAGUGAUGGACCAUGAAUACUCAGAUGUGGCUAAGAAUGAGAACGUCACAGUCAAUCUAGCUCCUGCUGUGAAAAACCUGUCUCAGAGUCAGAGCAGUAAAUCACAGGACACCACACAAAAGCACACUGAGACGUACACCGAGAACAAAUCAGUGAAGAGCAGCAAGACCCUCACCCAAGAGGAACACUCUAUGACAACACAGGUCCAAACAGUAAAUAUUGUGGAGGACUCACAGCAGGAACAUGUAAAAGAACAGACUGAAGUUAAAGAACAGACAAAGAGUGUAAAACAGAAAAUGCAACCCCCUCCUAAGCACAUGAUCAUAAAGAAGAAAAACCUGACCAAUCAGAUGACUGAUAAUAUAUCAAUUAAUCAGAUGACAGAGAUUAAAGCAGCCAAUCAGAGGACUGUGAAUAAAGCAGCCAAUCAGAUGACUGAGAAUAAAGCAGGCAAUCAGAUGAUUGUAAAUAAAUCAGCCAAUCACAUGACUGAGAAUAAAGCAGCCAAUCAGAUGAUUGUAAAUAAAUCAGCCAAUCACAUGAGUGAGAAUAAAGCAUCCAAUCAGAUGAGUGUGAAUAAAUCAGCCAAUCAUAUAACUGAGAAUAAAGCAGGCAAUCAGAUGAUUGUGAAUAAAUCAGCCAAUCAUAUGACUGAGAAUAAAGCAGUCAAUCAGAUGAUUGUGAAUAAAUCAGCCAAUCAUAUGACUGAGAAUAAAGCAGUCUCAGACAUAAAUGUGACGAAAGAAACACAGAGAGAAACACAAGUCUCAGACAUGAACGUGACAACACAGGUCAAAACAGUCAAUAUGUCUGAGUCCUCACAGCAGACACAUGUUAAAAAACAGGCUGUGAAACAGAGAAUACCACCACCCCCUAAACCCAUCUUCAUAAAGAAGAAAAACAUGACCAAUCAGAUGACUGACAAUGCAUCAACGAAUCAGAUAACUGAGAAUGAAGCAUCCUCAGACAUACAUGUGAUGAAAGAAACUCAAAGCACAUCUCAAACUAAUAUUGUUUCAAAGCAAACACAGGAAACAAAAACAAUGAAACAGUUGCAAACGACCGUGACAGAACAUAAGACUGUUACACAAAAACACAACGUCAAAAAUCUGAAUACAAAUUUCCGGAACCUGGAUGUGAAGAGAAAAGGUAUGAUAAAGAAAGGGACGCCUGAGAUUCAUUUCCCUCCUCCUCCCACGUCCCCGCCUCCACCCUCUGAGUCUGAGAUGUCUCUUCCUCCCCCGCCCUCACCAGUGGCAGGCAGCCCAAUGUCCAUGUCAUGCCAUAGCCCAAUGUUUCCCACAUCCCGUCCCCUGAUUAUGAGACAGGACAGUGACCUUCCGCCUCCACCUCCUCCACCCCCAGCAGAAUGCGGGGAGCCUGACUUUUUCCCUUCUCCCCCACCCCCACCCUCCGAGGCAGGGCAAGACUUUCCUCCUCCUCCGCCCUCACAGCAAGAGCUGAACUCAAUGCCACACCAAGUGCCUACACCACCACCUGGAAAGCCAUUUAAAGCUAGGCCUUUAUUCAAAAUCCCAAAAUCUGAGCCACCCAAGAAACCAAUACUGGUCAAACCAAAAUGGCAGAAAAAGCAAGCAGUACCACCACCGCCUCCUCCACCUCCUCAGUCAAUGACAGUUCAGACAGAACUAAAAGAGGAAGCAGUAGUCAAGGAAGUCAAGAGUGAAAUCGGUUGUAAACAGGUGGAAACUACAAAUACUACCAACACACAGGUUCAAUCUGAUUUUACAGUGUCCAUGACUAAAAUCCCUUCACCAAUCCCAGUGGCAAAACCACAACAGGAAGAGUUGCCACGACCACCUAAAAAGGUAUUCAUCCCUCCAAUCAAAAUACCCCCACCUGCAGAGCCUGCCCCAGUUGCAAAACCUAAACCGUAUGCCAGUAAAUUCAAAACCCCACUGAUGCUUGCAGAGGAAAGGUAUCGUGUGCAAAGAGAGGAGGCUGAGAGAAACAAGUCACAAGACACAACUCCCGCCACUUCGCGAGUCACAUCUCCCACCUCUCCUCCAACUAGUAUGAUGCAAAUGAUGGGCUCAACCAAUGUUGCAAAUGAACAACACUCAGUUGCACACAAAACAGAGCAGUCAAAAGUGACCUCAGAGGUAACACAGGCUGAGGAAACUCAGUUUAAAAGCAAAGUAUGCAUUUCAUCACAAGAGCCGCCCAUGAAGAAAGCUCCAUCACAUAUCCCCCUGAGCAAACCUUUGAUCUCAGUGGGGGAAAAGAAAUCAACCUCUGGAUCUGGAAAUAUUUCCUCAGAUAAGAAACUUAUUACCACUGAUCAGUCCUCUAUGGUCUCUUCUGGGAAAGAACACGCCUCAUCUGUUGCCUCCAGAAAACAUCAGGCUGUUUCCACUGGCGAGCAUCAGUCUGUUUCCUCUGGCAAGCAUCAGCCUGUUUCAGUCCCUGCUGCUCACCCUCACCAUGAGUCCCACAUUAAAGUCCAUUCUGGCGCUAAUGUGAUUUCAUCCUCAGUAGCUGAGCAGCAGAGUGGUAUGAAUGCUAGCUCACGGUCUAUCAUCUCCACUCAGAGCAUUGUCCAGGAAAAUGUACAUCUUCAAUCCCAAUCCGCCGUCACAUACGAAGCAGAGGAGGAAAAUAAUACUGACGCCUCUCUCACACAGAAAGUUAAAAAAAAUCCAUCUCAGCCCACCAAAAUCAAAAUUCCAAAAGUGACACCAAAUUUCAAGGUGAGAACUGUGAAGUUGCCGACAGAGAAUGAGAAGGAGAAAAGCGAGGUGGUGGAAAAAGAUCAACGAGCAGUGAAAAACGAAUUACAUGUACAUGAAAUGGGUAUGGAGACUAUUUCUAAGAGUGAGACCAGAGUAGUUCAGGAGAGCACGCAGACGGCCACCAGUAGCUCAGCAAAAAAUGAAGUAAAGGUGGCGACGAAUGUGAUACAGGAGAAAGCUGAGGAGGUUGAAAAAACUGCAGCUGCCAAGGAAACAAAGCUGGAGAUCCAAAGGACGACAAAGGCAAAGCAGAAAGGCAUUAAAGUCCCUUUUCCCAAAGAGCCAAAGCUAGUUCCCAUGCCAGUAGCUCAAGCUCCAGGGCACUGCCACAUAUCUGUCUCCCAUAGUCAACAGAGAAUGCAGGAACAGCACAUUCAGAAGCAGGAGCAAGUGAUUGUUAAUGCGAGAGUAGUUCAACAGAGCUUCCAGAAGCAGGAACAGCAGGUUCGCACACAGAAGCAGCAGGUCAAGUCUUUCCAACAACAAGGAGAAGUAAGCAAAAUGCAGCAGCAUCAGGAGAGGUCGAAGGCAGAGUCUACGGAUGUCUCCGUGAACAUUGCAGGGAAGGCAGCAGCACAGACAGAAGCAGCUCAAUCAAUGGCGGAAAGCUCAGCUGAAUCAGUGGAGAGCACAGAUUCAGAGAAAUGUGUAAUGGUACAGAAGCUGCUAUUUAACAUUAAGCAGCUUCAUCCAGGGAAAAUGGAUUCAAACUCAGUGAGGACCAUACUUAGUGGGGUCCCUGACUGGUUGAUGAGGGCGGAGGAAAAGCGUGAUUUAACACAGGUUGCUGUUCAUCAGAAUAAGAAGAAGCUCACAGAGAUCAUUUUCCAUGUGAGAAACCUAGCACAAGCAAAACUUGUAAACUUAGAAGGACAAAUGGCAGCCAUGGCAAAACAGGAUAGAGAACCAGCACCUGCAUCAUCACCUGCACCACCAACUACACCAGCAUCUGAAAAUAAAGGAUUUGGAGGAGCAACAGCCAAGAUAUCUAAAACAAGCAUUGGCUCAUCAAGAGUCGAAACCCAUAAGAAAGUGGUUGAGGAGAAGAAGAUCUCUCGUGAGAGCAAAAAGCCGGAGCUGACUGAAGUAAAAGGUCCUGAUCCCAGAGUUCCCUCUCCUAUGCUUGAAACGCGAACACCUUCACCUACCUUCAUCAGCAUUGAAUCAGUGAGGAGAACAGACUCACCCCUCAUGGUGACCCCCUCACCUCCUCCGUCAUACAGGUCUGGUGCCACCCCAACCCCACCACCUCCCCCUCCCCGCACCCCUACCUCUCGGUUCUGUAGGGCCACACCCUCUCCCACCUUGAGCAGCUCAGAGAAGUUAGCCAAGUUGAAGGACACCACUGCGAAGCUCUAUAGGGGCAUGACCCCUCCCCCACCCAUGCCUGAGUUUCUGACCACAGAGCAAGCCUCUGACAGAGAGGAUUCCCCAGCGCUGAUUGAACCUGAGAUCCACAUGCAGACACAGGAGAUGGAGACUGGGACGACGACUCCGGAUGUGGCUGAUAUGGAUGACUCCAUGAUGACUGUCAGAGACAAGAAGUUCUUCUUUGAGGAAGCUCAGAAGGCAGAGGUGAGCAGGACAUACAGGCGGAAGGACCCCAUUGAAAUCCCGGAGCGCCUGGGUCCAGAGGAUCUAGAGGAAGUUCCUGAGGGUGUGAAUAUAGACAUAAUGAAAGAGGAUCUCCCUAGGCUUGACCUGUCAAAGCUGGUCAAUCAAUUUGAAUCACCACAACCAAAGCUGUUCAUCAGAAAAGAUCCCAUGAUCAUCACAGAUAGACUGGGAAGUGACACUGAAGAUCCAGAGGCAGACCCCAAAACGCCAAAAACUGAUGAAACAUCUGCCUUCAACAUCAAGGCCAUCAAGAAUGCCUUUGACUUGGGUGAUCAUAAUGCUCUCAAAGAAGUGAGAGAGAAACAAGAGGAGAGAGAGAGGAGAGAAUCAGAGUCUGCCGAACCGACGGGCCAUUCCGAAACAAAGUCCGUCACUGAGGAGUUCUCUGGCAUGGAUGAAUUUGGCAACAUAACAAGCGGGGUGAGGAGCGAGACCAGCACGCACUCUGAGAGCCACAUGUCCCGCCCCCUCCCUCCCUCCUAUGCCGACGUGGUGAAAGGGACGGUUGAAGAGAUGGCAGUUCCUGUGAAGGCCGCCACAGAGGACGUACUGAAGAGCUUCAACCAGUCCUGGGCCGAAACAGAGAGUGUGUUCCAGAAUCUGGGAUUCAGUGUCUCAGAACAGAGGACAUCACAGAUUGUAACACACCAGCAGGAGACUGUCGUGACGGAAAAUUCGAGUUCCAGAGUCCGAACUGUGCACGGUGUGUCGGAAGAGGGUGUAUCCGAUGGAGUGUCUGGUCGCAGACAAACACAAUUUCCAUAAAAGCUGCUUCCGCUGUGAGCACUGCAGUGGCAAACUAAGCCUUGGCAACUACGCCUCUCUCCAUGGACGAAUGUACUGCAAGCCACACUUCAAACAACUGUUCAAGUCCAAAGGAAAUUAUGACGAAGGAUUCGGACAGAAGCCUCACAAAGACCUUUGGAGUGCUAAAAAUCAAGAGUAUUCCAUUGAAAAUGAAAAGACUAAGCUAAAAUCACCGUCCCCUGAAAAACUAGAUUCCAGAAAUUCCACAGCCAGGAGCAGUGUCAGUUCGACGAAGAUAGAGGUACCACCUCCACAGGAAAAGGAAGUGAGCAAAUCACAGGAUGAAAACAAAAAGCCCACAAGUAAGAUUGCGGUUGUAUGGCCCCCUCAAAAUGAUUCUCCCAAGAAAGUGUUCAUGGUGGAGGACGAGGUGAAGCUGGUUAAACCCUCAUGGCCCCCCCAGGAUAGCUCUCCACAGACUGACACCGAUGCCCAUAAAAGCCAGAUCAAUGAACCUUCAUUAAACGACAGCCCUGCUAUAAAAACACAAAAUUGUCCUCAAGAACCUGGAUGGGAAUGUGCCGUUGUAACUGUAGAAACUCCAGCAGAGAAGAAGGCUUUGACAACUCCUGUAGACCUAGUAGAGGUACCAGAGAGUACUCCCACCCAUGAACCCCCAAGAGACAGUGGCAUAGAGGUAGCUGGGAAAGUGGAACCCGAUGUGGAAGUGACACGCGAGGUGAACGAGGAAGGAGCUGUGGAAAGUGGGAAUGUGACAGAAAAAGAUGAAAAGGAAAGUGGAGAGAAGGUAGAGGAUGUGAGAGUAAAUGGGCAUAGCGGGGAGGCUGAGGCAGAGAACUCUUAUAAAGAGGAGAAGGAGAAAAUGGAGAUAGUAAAUGGCAGUGAGGAGGAUAAGGUCAAGGUCACAAUGAUAGAUGGUGAGGCAUCAGGUGAGCCAGCAGUAAAUGCGAACUCCAACAACAACAAUAAAGGACAAUUAUUAUUUGACCAUGAACCAAAGUUCAAAGUGCAUGAUGACUACAAAACGGAAGAAAGAGAUGUAAUACUUCAGUCCACAGAACCAGCUGCUGCUGAAAGUGAUUUUAAGGAGGGCAUAUUCGGGGAUGAAGAACUAAAAUGGAUGCCAACCGACGUUCUAGACAUGGCGCAGAGGGAGGACGAUUUUGUGACAAUGGGUGCCAAAUGUAUGGAGGCCACAGACGACAGUCUAGGUGAACAUGUCUUCACAGAGGCGACUCAAAGUACAUUUUCUUUUGAAGCGGAACCAAAGAUUAGCACCUCUAGCUUCCUGGAGGACAUUUUUGCUGGUCUGGAUAACAGUUCCAUCCUCCUGUCUGAUUUCAAGUCUGACCUCUUCAGUGAGUCUGUCAGUGAGAGGCCCUUGGUGUCAUCUCUGGACGACCUUUUGGAUUUUGGAAUGGAGUCAAGAGGAAACACAGAUAAACCCAAAGACGGGCGGAAUGGGGAUGAACCGCUUGACAGCUUUGCCAUGAAGGAUGUCUGUGCACAGGGGAUAAGCAACAUGCUGUGGAAAGAUGAUUAUGACUCGCUGUCAGUGGAGGAACAAAUCAAGAGGAACAGAUAUUAUGACGAGGACGACAGUGACAACUCCUAAAUCUGAUAACAUGUAAUCCAUGAUUCUAUCACUUAAUUAGUCAAUUCAGUCCUCAUACAAUCCAUAAUUUCAUUUCUGUCUGUGGAGAGAUGAAUCAAGCUAAUAUCACAACUUCCCUAUAACUAUUUUGUACUGUGUUUUAGAAAUGAUAUCGAUGCUCUUUAUUACAAUAUAUAGAUUUGAUCUUGCUGUUUAAAAGCACCUGGUGUGCAGUUAAAAAAAGAUCAUAAAGGGAUUUUCUGUUCCAUGUUUUUCUGUAUACAUUGCUUCUGAUAUUUUAAAACCAUCAAAACAGAACAUAUUCAUAUUUUUCAAGACAUUCAUUAUACUUUCUUGCUACAGUAUAAGGGUUUUCGAUUUGCUUGGUUUGUUGGAAAGAAUGCCUGUGAGGUUUAAUCUUCCGAGUCUGAUUAAAGAUUAUUUACUUUUCCUAUUCUAUUGUUUCUACAUUAGUAAUGUAGUUAUUAAUAAAGACUUGACAUGU